GCGCCAACCCCUCUCUCUCUCUCUCUCUCUCUCUCUGCGCGUCGCAAGGGCCAGGGAGGAGGAGCUGCUGUGCUGCGUGCCAAACUAAAAAAGGCAAGAGGCGAGGCCAUCACCAUGCCCGACCACGGCGCCUCCAAGCCCGACAUCUCCUUCGCCGGACGCUUCACAGCCAGCGCCAUCGCCGCAUGCUUCGCCGAGAUAUGCACCAUCCCGCUGGACACGGCCAAGGUCAGGCUCCAGCUGCAGAAGAACGUCACCACUGGAGCUGGAGGGGACGCAGCAGCAGUCUUCCCCAAGUACCGCGGCCUGCUCGGCACCGCCGCCACCAUCGCCAGGGAGGAAGGUGUCGCCGCGCUCUGGAAGGGCAUCGUCCCCGGACUCCACCGCCAGUGCAUCUACGGCGGACUCCGCAUUGGUCUAUACGAGCCCGUGAAAUCGUUCUACGUUGGCCAAGACCAUGUUGGGGAUGUCCCUUUGUCCAAGAAGAUCGCAGCUGGCUUCACCACUGGUGCCAUUGCAAUCUGCGUGGCCAACCCCACUGACCUUGUCAAGGUCAGGCUUCAGUCUGAGGGGAAGCUUGCGCCUGGCGUGCCACGCCGCUAUGCUGGAGCAAUGGAUGCUUAUGCCAAGAUUGCUAGGCAGGAAGGGGUUGCCGCUCUGUGGACUGGACUUGGACCAAAUGUUGCGCGUAACGGAAUCAUCAAUGCUGCGGAGUUGGCUAGUUAUGAUCAAGUGAAGCAGACAAUUCUGAAACUUCCUGGGUUCAAAGAUGAUGUGGUCACCCACCUCUUUGCUGGUCUUGGUGCUGGCUUCUUUGCUGUUUGUGUUGGUUCUCCAGUUGAUGUGGUUAAGUCAAGAAUGAUGGGUGACUCAGCCUACAAAAGUACUCUUGAUUGUUUUGUGAAGACACUAAAGAAUGAUGGACCUCUGGCAUUCUACAAAGGCUUCCUCCCAAACUUUGCUAGACUGGGAUCAUGGAAUGUGAUUAUGUUCUUAACGUUGGAGCAGGUCCAGAAGCUGUUUGUGAGAAAACCGACAAGCUGAAGAUAAAGCUUUCACAGUCGGUGGCGUACAACAAGUCGAAAUUUUUCUUCUACAGAAAAGAAUGACACUCUCCCCCGUGUGAAUUGGGGAAAGAACAAGGAGAAAUCUGACAUCCAAUUCCAAUUGUGAGAUGACGAUAAUAAACAAACAGCUGGCAUUUGCAUGACCCUUGAAUAAAUUCAGAAGUAGUGAACAUAUAUAUGUCAUAGUGUUUCACACAAUGUCUGGUGAAUGGAGGAACGUGAGCUGCAGUAGCUCUAACUUUGUUGGAUGUUUUCAAUCGAGUAAAGUUUUUCUGGCAUACAACAAAGCAAGGCAGCAGUAGAAGUGAAGCAGUAAUUCAGAUUCGGAUGUUGCUCUUGAUGAUGGUGCUGGGCGGUGCUGGAUUCACCUUCAUCUUGCCGAAGAGGGAGUGCCUUCCCUCGGCCACCACCUCCCCAGUGGUGGCGUUGGCGAUGAGAACGUGCGUGCCGGAAUUGUAUCUCCUGCGUCCUGGCGGUGAUGCGGAGGGUGUCUCCGGGCGCGGCGGCGGCGGCGAGGUUAACGAAGGAGACGGACAUGUCGACGGAGACCUUGAUGUGGUGCCCAUCGGCGACGAUGGCGGCGGAGCCCAUCUCGUCCACCAGGGCGCCCGGGGCCAGGUGGUGGUGAGUCGUGUGGGGACGGUGAAGGAGCAGAGGAUGCGGCCUGGGUGGAUGGCCUCCACGCGGACCCCCUGCAGCUGCAGCGCGAAUGCCUCGAAGAAGCUGUGGCGGUGACCGCCGUGCCCUCCCCUUGGUGCCGACGCGCAGCUCGGUCCAGCGCGUCCACCCGCGCGCAAUCCUCAUCGCUCAACCUCAACGCCUCCGCCGCCGUGUUCAAAUCAGAGACCCCCAUGGCCUUCCUCCUCCCCCUUGGGCUCUCCUCUCUCCUCUUGGCUGGGGCUGGGGCUGGGGCUGGGGAUGCGGCUGGGAGUGAUGCACCACACCUCCCCUGCCGUGCCCUGACGGCUGGGCCUGGGCCUGUCUUCUCAGUCCAAUACUCCAACAUCUCUCAGGCCGAUCUCCCUGCUCGGCCUUCGUCUCCCUGGCGACCUCCCUGCUCGGCCUUCGUCUCCCUCGGCGCCCGGCGGCCCUUUCUCCAAGUGUUCGAUAGCAGAUUGCAACGAGGUUCCAUAGCAGAUUUCCAGGCCGCUGGUUGCAGCGAGGUUCAGACCUUUGUGGGAUUGGGAAGUGAGAAACUCACGAAGAAGAUGAAUCGACAGUUACAGCGGAGCAAGCGGGGCUGCUCGGCAAAAAUCUCCUCCAUGACUUUGAUCGAAUCCUCCACGACAACCCCCUCAUCUCAGUCUCCAGUUUGGUCCCUUAAGUGUCCUGUCCUGAUGAUUGCCUUCAAAACAUAUUCCUAGUGAUGAGGUGGGAUUCUUGCAUCCGAUGCAGUUGUGCUCACUAGACGGCACCCAAAAUGGCAAUUCGGCAUUCCAAGCUCCAGAAUUCCAUCAGAGAUACUUCUGGUGCAGAGACCACAAGCUCGCCAUCUCCUCAGAGAUCCUACCCAAGCUCUACCGUGCGCAGCACGAUGCGUACACCAGUGCAAGAACAGCCCACGACUUUCCACUGUCAACGACCAAUCUCAUGAGGCACAGCAAGGCACUACUCAUACUUUGCCCUGACUUGCUUACUGCAUGGAACUCCAGGAAGAUGGUGCUAUCACUGAAUUAUGAUUUCACAAUGCUCAAGGACGAGCUAUAAUUGUGUGUCUUGAUCCUUUCGUACUCGCCAAAGAAUGAAAGCACAUGGAGCCAUAGAGAUUAAAGUAUACAGUCCCUGCUGCUUGCGCUACGUCCUACGAGACAGUCACCCAGAGAAUGGAGAGGAUUCCCUUAGUUGGGAGUCAGAAACUCACCUACAGUGGAAGGUUAAUUGUGUACGAGAUUCGACAGGAGGAGCUGAGGUGGGAUGAGAUGCUGAUCAAACCCUACCAAGGGAGAGAGGUGUGAUAUUUGCCCGCGGCUGGUGAUUAAGAUUGGUGAAGACGGUUUGCUUAUGCUAGUUGUGUUUCUGCAGUCAUUGUGGACCCACCGUCGGUUCCUCUCACGAUGGUGGAUAGAGCAGUUGGUCACCGUUGAGGAAACCUGCCCCCCAUCGACAUCCCUUGUGGAUGUGUUUGUCACCCAGGAGAUACACCUGCUGUCAAAGUGCUAGAAAAAUCAAGAACUCGAGAAGUAUUGUGUUUGAAGCGCAUUUCCAAGUUCUCAUCCAACAACUGAGAUAUAGAGAGAAUGUUAUAUCCCA